GCUUCAAUCAAGGGUUUUUCAGCCGAGAAAUUACAGCAACUGACUGAAAAUAACGUCGCUGUCCACUUGGAAAACUCGCCUUGCAAGACUGACCAUCCCUUGCGUUCAAGCCUCCUUCCCCUCCCCUACUGGGAUUCCAUAGCCCCAAUGAUUAAUUAACCCGGAAUAAUGUCCUAGCUAGCUAGCAGUUACCCUGAUGAAUUCCCUUGUAAUAGUACCCCUGAGUCCCUGACACGACACAUUUUGGUUGAUUGAUUUCGGAGCUAAGGUGAAGCUGUCAGGGAACAAUUAUCCUUCCUAGGCGAGCGUCCCAUUUGGUCUCUGAUCUCUAUCCACCCGGAGGCCUCUUCUGUUUUGGCUCCCUUUUUAAGCCCAUGUCCUCCUCCUGCCUCGCCAUCAUUCAUCCCAACAAAGCGUGUCAAACCUCUCCCUCAAGUGUUGUCCCAAUAACCACUACUACCUCUCUCCACCGUCUUCUUCAGCUCUCUCGAGCGAAAGCAAAGGGUGUCAUGGAGGGCCUCAUCCCGUUCAUCUACAGGGCCGUGGCGCAGUACAGGAAGGAGGGGCAGGUCUCCCUCGCCGACCUGCUCUUCGACGAGCAGCCGUCCUCGUCGCCCACGGCGGCCUCGGCCUACUUCCGUCUCCCCGGGGACUCCGGCCGGCACCAGCGCUUCUCGGGCGACUCCGGUGCGGCCGGAGCCGCGCGGCGGUCUCCGGCGCACCGUCGGCGCAGCAUGGAGCAUGGAUCGUGGUGAUUGAUUGUGAUUGAAGCGCAGAAAGGCCAAGAAUAAAGGAAACAGAGCGAAGCAGGUGAAGACUUGCCUAGGUACGUCGUCGAGUACAUGCAGAUACGAUGUGGAUUGGUGGAAACCUCAAGUAUUGGCCUAGCUAAGCUAAUACGAGCUGCAGACCUGCAGUUUGUGUGUGCUAUACAUGCAUGUAUUGGUAUUUCAAUUCAGCUUGUAAUGAUUGUCAACUGUAAAUAUGGGAUGCGUAAGCGCAGGACCUCCGAAGGAGUCCUGUGAAGAAAUGUAUAGUGUCAGAGUCCAUUCAUGGAGUGUAAUAUGGCAAUAAAAGCUUCACCAUGUACAAAAAGGUUGUGUACACGCACACAUGACUUGCUGCAA